AUGCCCAUGGUCAUGUCCUCCCGUUCGGCACACCACCAGCCCUCGCAAGGCGAUCUCGACCUCCUCGCUCUCUUGACCUCCGAUUCAAGCUCCAUGGGUCCGCUCUCUGGCUCCACACCUGCGCAUGGCGAUACGCAUCCACAUGGACCCAAAGCAAAGAAGCAGCUACCUCGGCGGGAGAACCCUGUAGAUGCGCUUUUGAUCAGUGCGGUCUUGGCCGGAAGUGGGCCAGUGACGAGGCAUCAUUUGGGGCACGGCGUCGCCCGUCCCGGGGCCUAUGCGUCAUGCGACGAGCCGCCAGCGUCCUCUCCAUCUCGCGAUCCUAUCCCCAACAAGGUGGUCAUGCGCUCUCUGCAAGCUCCACGGUCGGAGCGGCUCCGGGUCCAGCAGGAGGCCGGGGCGCAACACCACGUCCCGCUUGAAAAGCUCGGUCAAUCAUCCACCUCCCCGGAGCCAGCUACCAGCCCAUCGGGGAUGGAAGCUCGCUCGCCAAAGACCGCAAGGUCGAUGAGCUUGUCCUUUGGCAAGGAUCGGCCUAAGCGGCGGAUGAGCAUCGAUCCUGCCCCGGUAUCGCAGAUGCUCCAGGCGGCGAGUCCCAAUGUCAACUUCUUCGCGCACGCCCAGCCUGGAGCGGCGUCUCAGACGGCUCUGCGGCGGCAAACGGGCUCACGCCCUCUUGUCCGGUGUAUGGCCCGUACCCGUAUCCCUACCCCUCACGGCGAGCUCUUCCUUCACCUCUACCACAACACCGCGGAUAACAAGGAACACCUCGCUAUCGUUAUCGACCCCAUCCAGCUAUCGUCGGAAGAUCGCGCGGCGUCUCCAAAGGGAAGAAGGGAGAUCCGGAGUCGGACCCUGAACGAGCAGUGGAGAGAAGGGGAGACGGAUAUGGAGCGGGUCGUGAGAGGGGCGUACGUCGGCCGAUUGUUGCCUGGAGGAGAAGGGCAGGCGAGUGUGCCUAGCACGGAUCGUCCGGGAAGGAUAGAAGAGGAGACCGAGGCGGUAGAGGAUAUUCUGCCUUUGGUCCGGAUCCACUCGGAGUGCUUUACUGGCGAGACCAUCGGGUCGAUGCGGUGCGACUGCGGCGAGCAGCUCGACGAGGCUAUGCGUCUCAUCGCGCAGCCUCAGCCCCUUCCCUCUCACUCUCGCCAGGACAUCCUCCCCACACCCGCAGAUUCCCGCGCUGCUUCCCCUUCGUCUUCGGCCACCGUCCCCGGCCGCGGUGUCGUCAUCUACAUGCGCCAAGAAGGACGGGGUAUCGGUCUCCUCGAGAAGAUCCGGGCCUACAACCUCCAGGAUCUCGGACACGAUACCGUCACUGCCAACCUCAUGCUCGGACACGGCGCCGACGAACGGAAGUAUGACGUUGCAGCGGAGAUACUGCGUGAUUUGGGCUUGGCGGGUGAAGAGGGUGAGGGGAUCCGGUUGUUGACGAAUAACCCGGAUAAGGUCGGGGGUCUGGCCAAGGAGGGGGUACAAGUGAGGGAGAGGGUGGGCAUGGUGCCUCGGGAUUGGAAGUGCCGGGAUGGGGGAUUAGGGGAUGAGCAGGAUUAUGCGGAUUGGAGGGAGAGGAGGGCGGGGGUGGGGCUGAUCGGGGCGGGUAAAGCGAGUGGGGUGGAGUUGGAGAAGUAUCUCAGGACAAAGGUGGAGAGGAUGGGACAUAUGAUCGAUAUCCCGGAUGAGCAUCGAGCGGACAAACAAUGA